AUGGCUAACACGAAUGAAAUAACUCAUGAUUUCUCGCCCUUCUUCAAAGUUUACAAAGAUGGCAGAAUAGAAAGGUUUAUGGUCCUGGAUGAUCUUCCUGCUGGCCUAGACCCAGAAACAGGGGUCAUAUCCAAAGAUGUUGUGAUCUCACCAGAGAGUGGCGUCAAGGCCCGAAUUUUCAUCCCGGAAACUGUUAGCUCAGAUCAAAAGUUGCCCCUGCUAGUCCACUAUCAUGGCGGUGGCUUUUGCCUGGGAUCGGCGUUUCACAUUCUAACAAAAACCGUCCUAACUUCAAUAGUCGGCCAAGGCAAUGUUAUUGCCAUUUCUAUCGACUAUAGAUUGGCACCAGAACACCCUCUGCCAAUUGCUUACCAUGAUUCAUGGGAUGGGCUAGAAUGGAUUGCUAGUCAUUCGAAUAGGGUUGGACCCGAGCCAUUGCUUAACAAGCAUGUUGAUUUCGGGAAGGUUUUCUUAAUGGGCGAGAGUGCCGGGGCAAAUAUAGCCCAUUACUUAGCGGUCCAAGCAGGUGCCAAUAGCUGGGUUGGCUUAAAGAUGACCGGUGUGAUUAUUGUGCAUCCAUUCUUUGGGGAUAAAGAGGUAGAUAAAAUGUACAGAUACAUGUGUCCAACAAGUUCCGGUGGUGAUGAUGACCCAAAAUUGAACCCGGCAGUGGAUCCCAAUUUGUCGAAAAUAGGAUGCGAUAAAGUUCUUGUUUGCGUGGCAGAGAAAGAUUUUUUAAGAAAUAGAGGGGAGGCCUAUUAUCAUACCUUGGCUGCCAGUGAGUGGGGUGGAAAAGUGGAAUUUUACGAGACUAAAGGAGAAGACCAUUGCUUUCAUGUGUUCAAACCCUGUCGAGAGACAGAUGAGCUGAUCAAGAAAUUCGUUGAUUUCAUAAUUGUUUGA